CAGCUCCACUUCUUCCAUUCUCACUUAUUAUAAAUACUGCUCCCACGCUCUCAUUAUUCUUACCUCCAAUCAUUUUAGCAACCUUUAAUUUUCUUCUUCAUCUCUACUCUCCUUACAAAACAAUACUUGUGACAAAGAUGGAGCACAAUCAUUUCAUCAUUAAACUCCUCACAUUUCUUUGCGUGGCGGUGGUGGCAAGCCAAGCAGCUUUGUCUUCCUCACGGGCGCAGAGUUACUGGAACUCUGAGCUUCCAAACACUCCAAUUCCCCAAGCAAUUAAGGAUUCCCUGCCCCAAACAUCUGGAAAUCCGGGACCAAUGUCGGUGUCGGGAAAGGC